GAUGAUGUUGCAGCUGGGGCAAAGGUGACGAGGUCCAACUUGAACAGAAAUGUGGAAUUAAAUAAUGAAGGACUCCAGUAUAAAGUGCUGCAGCUUAUCUGUUUGACCUUUAAAGGAACAGAAGUUACAGUUGGAGCUGUAAAAAAGUUCCCAAUCCUCGUCUGGCAACUACAUUCUCAGCGUGAGAUUUGACGUUGGACAAACGUGAAAAAGCGGUUCGGCCAACAUGUGUGUCUUUGGAAUUAGCUAUGCCUCGCCAUAUUUCUUGGCGAAAGCAUGGAAUAUUGUGUCCCCCUGCAGACAUCUCUAUGUACCAGUUUGGGUCUCAUCUCGAUGGAAACACACCAAGUCUCAGCAGUACAAGGCUGUGAUUUUUGAAAUGGGUGGAGUUCUGAUUCCUUCUCCAGCCACAUUGGCUGCUGAGUGGGAAUUUAGAAACAGUCUUCAGGCUGGAUGGCUAUGGAAAACGAUUUUAAGUGGAGAGAAGCGUGUUGCCUGGGACCGCUGCAUGCUUGGAGAACUGACAUUCGAGGAAUUUGCAGCAGUGGUUAGUAAGGAGAAACAGAACUCUAAUAUAAUCAAACCCUAUUUACAAGCAAUGACAAGUCAGCUGAAAUAUCAGAUUCCUGCGAUGAGAGAAGCAAUCCAAUGUAUCAGGGCGGAAGGAUUGAAAACUGCUAUACUGACCAAUAACUUCUGGUUCAAAGACCAGAGUUUCUUGCCUGUGGAGAAAGUUGAUUUUGAUGUGAUUAUUGAAUCAUGCCGUGAAGGAAUUAAAAAGCCAAAUCCUGAGAUCUACAAACUUUGUUUAGAACAUCUGAAAGUCCACCCUACAGAAUCAAUUUAUCUCGAUGACUCUGGACAAAACCUGGAACCAGCAGCUCAGCUUGGGAUGAUUACAAUUAAGGUUGGAGACACAAAUACAGCCAUUCAGAAGUUGGAGUCAUUGCUGAGGUUCCCAUUGCAUGGUUAUGUGUAUGGUACGCAAGCUGUUCGUAAAGACACAGACAUUCCUACAAACCGCCUGAAGGAGUACCUCCAGACCACGUUGGGGCUAAGUUCAGGAGAGCCACUGACUCUCCGGGAGUUUAGUCAUGGCCAAUCCAACUUUACCUAUCACAUGUGGAGUGGUGAUCAACAGCUGGUCCUAAGAAAGAAACCACCCGGAAAACUUCUGCAAUCAGCACACGCCAUGGAAAAAGAAUACAGGGUGAUGAAAGCUCUUGGAUCCAUGGGAGUUCCUGUUCCCAAGACUCUUGCCAUCUGUGAGGACCCCAGUGUUCUUGGGACUUCCUUCUACCUGAUGGAAUACUGCCCAGGGAGAAUAUUUAAGGAUCCAACAUUACCAGGACAACCUGCUUGCCAGCGAACAGAAAUUUACAGUGCCAUGAACCAUGCUCUCUGCCAGAUUCAUCAGGUUGACAUCCAUGCUGCUGGAUUAGAUGAUUAUGGAAAAAGUGGCAACUACAUUCAGCGCCAAGUUCAUACGUGGACUAAACAGUACCGAGCAAGUGAGACUCAUAACAUUCAGGCAAUGGAACAGCUCAUAAAAUGGCUUCCAGAAAACCUCCCAACUCAAGAAAAGACCACAAUUGUGCAUGGGGACUUCAGAUUGGACAAUCUGAUUUUUCAUCCUGAGAAGCCUGAGGUGCUGGCGAUUUUGGACUGGGAACUGUCCACCUUGGGCGAUCCCAUUUGUGAUGUGGCAUGUAGUUGUUUGGCACACUAUCUUCCUCCGGAUUUCCCCAUCUUGAAAGGUUUGAAUAAUUGUGAUUUGACAGAGCUCGGAAUCCCUUCUGAUCUGGAAUACCUUACUCUGUACUGUGAUAACAUGGGUAUGAAUCCUGUCGAAAAUUGGAAUUUCUAUAUGGCUUUUACCUUUUUCCGAGUUGCAGCCAUACUCCAAGGAAUCUACAAGAGGUCACUUCAAGGUCAGGCAAGUUCAACUAAAGCUGAAACAGCUGGAAAACUUGCAGAGAACACAGCUGAUUUGUCCUGGAUGUUUGCUAUAAGAGAAGGAUUCAGAAAAUUCAAAUCAAUCCCUACUAGAAAUCCAAACUCUCCAGUGAGAAAGUACUCAACAUGGAACAGCCCGAGAUCAUCGGCAACAAACCUCCUGUAUACUUUUUCACCUAAUAACCAUUGCAGACAUUUGGUAUCAGUCCCUAAAGGACAUUUAAUUGUCUCACCUGAAGGGCUAUCUCCUCGCAUCCAAGAAUUGUACCAUCAACUGACUAUGUUCAUGGAUAAACACAUCUAUCCCCUGGAAGCGGAACUAACGGACUACCAGAGGGAUAAAAAUCGAUGGAUUCCAAAUCCUAGAAUGGAGAAACUGAAAAGUGAAGCUAAGGCGAAUGGUCUUUGGAACCUGUUUUUACCAUUGAAAACUGAUCCUGAGAUUAAAUAUGGAGCUGGACUGACAAAUCUGGAAUAUGCCCACCUUUGUGAGGUCAUGGGGAGGUCUCUGCAUGCUCCAGAGGCUUUCAACUGUUCUGCACCUGAUACAGGGAACAUGGAGAUCCUAUUGAAAUAUGGGACUGAAGCACAGAAGGAGCAGUGGCUUCUACCAUUAUUAGAAGGGAAAAUUAGGUCAUGUUUUGCCAUGACUGAGCCCCAGGUUGCAUCUUCAGAUGCCACAAACAUCAAAGCCUCAAUUGUUGAAGUGGGAGACAGUUUUAUCCUCAAUGGUCACAAAUGGUGGACAUCAGGUGCAAUGGAUCCUCGCUGCAAACUGUGUGUGUUUAUGGGAAAAACUGAUCCACAGGCUCAUCGUCACAGACAGCAGUCCAUGAUUCUGGUUUCCAUGGAUACACCAGGGAUUACAGUUGUCCGACCCCUAUCAGUUUUUGGGAUUGAAGACCCUCCUGGAGGGCAUGGCGAACUUACAUUUGAAAAUGUUCGAGUGCCAAAACAGAACAUUCUGUUGGGGCCUGGCCGAGGGUUUGAAAUUGCCCAAGGAAGGCUUGGACCAGGAAGGAUACACCACUGUAUGCGACUCAUAGGCUAUGCAGAUCGAGCAUUGCAACUCAUGAAGGAUCGGAUGUGAAGAAGGGACCAGAUCCAAGUUUUGAACUAGUCUGAUCAUCUGCAGGUGCUGCCUUACCUGCUGAUUGUUUAUAGUAUUUCAAUAUACCUUUCAGAUUUCCAGCAUCUACUUUUUUUUCCCCUUUUUUGUUAAUGUUUUGGAAGGUUAGCUUGAGUGAUCCUGCCUUAAAUAUAGGGUAUGAGAAGUUGGGCAAUUGAAGGGUUUAUUUUGGCUGUCGGUGGAUAUCUGGCUAAUUUUACAUCCUUCGAACCGCCGGUGGCUGUCCCAAUUACAGCCCUUAAACUGUAUGUGACCAACGGCCUCUGCUACAAUACAUGGUUUUCAGUAUUGUAGCCUCAAUAAGUAAACAGUAAAUGAAAACAACAACAUUGUUUCAGUGUCAACAAUUUGAAAUGCCUGCAAAUUAAUAGGAUCAUCAAUGUGUCUUUUGUCCAUGGCACACAAGGCUCAGUAGAGCAAAAGCAGCAGGCACAUGGAAAUAACACCACAUGCAAGUUCUCCUUCAAUUUUACAGGAUUCCCAGCAGUGUGGAGUAACAGAGGGAGCGUGGAGUCCACGUCCAUAGGUCCCUCAAAGUUGCUACCCACAUUGAUAGGAUUGUAAAGAAGACAUAUGGUGGAUUGGCUUUCAUUGGCAGGGGAAUUGAGUUUAAGAGCCAUGAGGUUAUGCUGCAGCUCUAUAAAACUCUGGUUAGACCACACUUGGAAUAUUGUGUUCAGUUCUAGUCACCUCAUUGUAGGAAAGAUGUGGAAGCUUUGGAGAAGGUGCAGAGGAGAUUUACCAGGAUGCUGCUGGACUGGAGAGUAGAUCUUAUGAGGAAAGGUCGAGGGAGCUGGGGCUUUUUUCAUUGGAGCGAAGAAGGAUGGGAGGUGACUUGAUAGAGGUUUACAAGAUGAUGAGAGGCAUAGAUAGAGUGGAUAGUCAGAGACUUUCUCCCAGGGCGGAAAUAACUAUUACAAGGGGGACAACAAGGUGUAGAGCUGGUUAAACACAGCAGGCCAAGCAGCAUCAGAGGAGCAGGAAGGCUGACAUUUCGGGCCUAGACCGUUCUUCAGAAAUGUGGGAGGGGAAGGGGGUUCUGAAAUAAAUAGGGAGAGAGGGGGAGGCAGAUAGA